AUGCAGCUAAAAUCUAGUUCAAACUUUGAUCAAGGAUCAUCAUCAUAUGGUAAUCAUCCAUCAUUAUCUUUAAACUCUACUGUAACGGGCGCUGAAGAAAUUUUCAUUUGUAAUGUUGUUAAUGUAGGUAGUGAUAAGAGUCCUGCAGACUUCAUAUCAUCCAGUUUUCAAUUAGCUACAAACUUUAGCAAUGCUUCUUCCAAUGGUUACUCUUCAGUACCCAACAACUACAGUGAGAAUGAGUGUGUUAGAAUCUUAAAGUUAAAACUCGCCGGGGUCCACAACAUUGACCAAAGAUACAAAAUAGAAUGCGAGGAGAUUAGGAAAUCUCGACUGAAGUGCGGUUGCGACUGCACUGACGGCUGCCUCGCUGAUUGCUCUUGCGCUAAAUUUGGGAUUUCCUGUCACAGUAAUAAUGACAACAAUAGCAACAUUAAAAACAGCUACACCGACGGCAGUAACGAUGCUGACUAUAAUGCUUGCAACAACACUAACAACAGUUACAAAGACAUCAACGACGACGACAAAAUUGUUGGUAACAUCAAUAACACUAAUUGCAACGUCAACAAUUGCAAUUUCAACAACAACAACGUUGUUGUAGACUAUAAUUACAUCAACUCUCUUGGAGGAGUCGUUUGUAAUUAUGUUAAUGAUGCCCACAACUGUAACUGUUACAAAGGUCUUGACAUAAAUAUUGGCUACAACGACAAUGAUGAUUGUAACAUCAACAACAACGGUAACAUCAACAACAACAGUAACAUUAACAACGACAGUAACAUUAACAACAACAGUAACAUUAACAACGACAGUAACAUUAACAACAGGCACAACAACAACAACGUUAAUAACAUGAACUUGUGCAAUAACCCCUAUGGUAGGUUAGAGUUCGAUCAACAGAAAGUUAAAAAUGUCGUACAAAGUGUCAUUAGCAGGUACGAAAAGAUGACGGAGAGAUGGAAGAAAAUUAAAAAAAUGAAUGAAAGAACGUGUAAUAACAACAGUAACAAUAAGAGCAUCAACAAUAAUAAUCAUAAUAAUAACAAUAAUAGUGAUAAUGAUAGUGAUGUCAAAGACAUCAUUCACAAGCUUGAUGAUACGAACAUUUCUACAAGAAACAAUAAUAAUAAUAAUAAUUAUAGUAAUAUAAGUAAUAAUAGUAGUAGUAAUAAUAAUAUUAAUAAUAACUAUUUUAAUGUACUUUCUGGUAGUGGUAGCCAGUCAGUCAGUUGUUUGGCUGAUAACGUUUACUCUGGCGUCUGGUCAUCAGUGACAACAAAGACAUCACAUGACGCACCCAAAAUAACGACAACAACAACGUCGACAAUGACGUCAUUAUCUUUGUUGACGGCAAGAACAACAACAUCAACGUCAUCGUCGUCUUCAAAAUUAUACCAGCCAAUGCGUGAUUGUGUAGAUGAUGGGAAUAAUAACAACAACAACAAUAAUAAUUAUUAUUAUUAUGGUUAUGCUAAUAUUAAUAAUAAUAAUAAUAAUAUUAACCAGAAUAAAAAUGUUGAUGAUGAUGAUGACGAUGAUGAUGCAGAUGACAGUAAUGACGAUUUUUUGAUAUCAUUGAGUAGGCACACCAAAGAGUUACCCAUUAUAAUCAACGAUGAUGUCAUACUUGAUUGUGAAGAUGACGACGACGAUGAUGACGACGAUGGUUUUGAUAACGAUGCACUCACCACCACCACCAGUGCAAACACUGGUGGUGGUGGUGAUGAUGAUGAUGAUAAUGAUAACCUGCAGAGAGUUAUAUUUUGCAAUAAGAAAAAUUUAGUUCAUUAUUUAAACGACAGUGACGAUUAUAGUUACCAGGAAAUUUGUGAUGACGACAUCAAUAACAACACGUACAACAAUAAUAAUAACAAGUACAACAUUAACAGCAACAAUAAUAAUAACGAUAACAUUAACAACAACGACAAUAAUGAGAGUACUUACUUCAAUGACAUCAACUGUUAUGACAGCAACACAGACAACAACAAUGACAGCAUUCUAUGCAACAACAACACACUCAAAAACAAAUCUCACACCAUUUGCAGUCUCUUUCAGCAGAAUUUUGUUACAUUUCUGCUGAGAAACAUACAUCAACACUCACAUAAUACAUCUCCAACAAAAACAACGACAACAAACACCACAAAACCGCGUAAAAGAAAAUUUACCGAAAUUAAAAGUAAAUGUAAAAAUGUUACUACUGCUACUGCUACUUCUGCCGUCACUACUGGUACUACUAUGGCUGCUACUGCUCUUGUUGCUGCUAACCCUACUACUGCUACUACCACUACAGCUACUUCUAACGCUACUAAGAUGAUGAAAAACAAAAAGAUAAAAGUUACUAACACUACUGUUGCCUCUGUUUCCGUUACUAAUCCUACUGUCAUUACUACUUUUACUGACGAUACUACAUUUGUAACUGCUAAUGCUGCUAAGAUAAGGAGUGGUAGCAAAAAAGCUGUUCAAACUUCUACAAUUUCAGCUAAUAUGGCUACUACUACUACUACUACUACUACUACUACUACUACUACUACUAUUACUAAUUCUACGACUGCUGCUACUACUUCUACUAAUGCUGCUGCUGCUACUACUACCACUACUAUUAUUAUCGAUGCGAUUAAUGAUACUAUUGAAAAUGAUACUACUGCUACUACUGCUGCAAAUUUAACUAAUUAUGUUCACAACCAUGAUGACGCCAUUUCAAAUCCGAACGAUUUAACUGUAAUCACUUUUACUUCAAACAUUUUUACCACAGCUGCUGCUAUUGCUACUACAGCUACUGCUGCUGCUAUUACUACUAACUCUGCUGAUGCUACUACGACUGCUACUAGUGGUAUAACUACUCUUACUACAUCUACCAAUGAUGAAAGUUUAGGCGUUAAUUUUAGAAAGACAAAAAACAGAAGAAAAAUAAUUAAUGAGUUAAGUGUCAUUAAUGAAAAUAAUAAUAAUAUUAAUAUUAAUGUAUGUAAUAAUAAUUGUAAUAAUAAAUGUUAUAAUAAUAACAACAACAAUAAUAAUAAUAAUAAAAGUCAAUAUGUUAAUAUUUGUGAUAACAAUAGUAACAUUUGUGAUAACAGUAACAGCAAGGCCUGCGAUGGUACUCUUAGAAAUAUAUGCUACAUCGGUGAUGAUGAUGAUAAUAGUAAUAAUAAUACUGAUGAUGGUGAUAAUGAUGAUGUCACGAGAGAUAAUUCAUGUCGUCGUGACGUCAGCGCACUGGAUGAUGCCAUGCAAGGCGAUGUUAUCGUCAACGAUUUCAUUGAAAUUGACAGUACAAUUUAUAGUAGUAGAGAUAACAUUAUCAAUCAUAGCAUUAAUGUAAGCAAUGGUAAUGUUAACAACAACAACAACGCUAACAUUAAUACAUGUGAUGUCGUUGCAUGCAGCAACAACAACAACAACAUUGGUGACAAUAUUUUGACGUCAUCAACAAUCGACAACAAAAUGGACAGCAGUACAGCUGGAAACAGCAGCAUCGUAAUCAAUGAGAUUAACAACACUAGAAACAACGAUAAUGUAAUGACUCGCGCUGUCUUCAACAACAACACCAACGACAUCAACAACGCUGUUAACAAUAAUGACACCAACAACAUUAACAACGUCAAUAGAAAUAACAAGCAAAGAAUGAAGAAAGUUAAAAACCUCAACGAGCCUACAAUGGGAAUGACCCUUAGAAGAAAAAAAUUAAUACUCUCUCAGAGUUUUCCAAACUUAACUCAAAUUUUACCUUCUAGCGUCAACUCUUCUACAAAAAUUACAUCAACCAAAACAUCAAUAACAUCAACCACAUUUACAUCAGCAACUACAUUAACCGAGCCGAAUACAGCAACAUCUCUCAGAGCACCACCAUCAACAAAAGCAACAACAUCAACAGUAUUAACAACAACAUCAAUUACAUCAACAACUGCCGUUUCAUGUGAAGGAACAAGACCCAAACCAUCAACAUUGGCAACGUCAUCACUGUCAUCAGCAGCAGCAGCGGUAGUGGCCGCCACUCUAACAUCAGCGGCAACGACGAAAACAUCAUCGUCAGUGGACGACAUCAAUAUCAGCAAUAACAAUUCUCAAGAGUAUCAACAGAGAUCAAGACGGCGCAGACCUAACAACUUGACAACUAGCAGAGACAUUAAACGUUGCUAUGCUGAAUUGUUGAAAAAAAUUAUCGGUCCACCGAUUGACUCAAAGAUUGGCGUAGUUAGCUCAGACGGUAGAAGUGCCAUGUCUGGCGCUGCUGAUUCAAAUGAUGUAGUCAUGGAUCUCUUCGCGUUCGAAUCCAGACCACAAGUCCAAGAAUCCAUGACUGCAAGACCACCAGGACCGGACCACAUGGCGUCUUCGCAAUCACGUCUCCCAAUUUAA